AUGAGCCCCUGUGAGAAGGGCGUCAGCUUCGAAGACGGCGAUAUCCUUUUUCGGCUCAACAUUUUCCUAUUUUUUAUUGUUUUCGCAUGUUUACGUAUGUUUUUGACUAGUUUUGAAAUGCGAAAGUACGAAAAAAUUGAUUUUUUUUAGUCAAAACUUUCUUGUAGGUAGUUUGAUCUGGCCUAUUUACUAGACCACUAAAAACACUAUAGUGGCCACGUCGCAGAAUGGCGCCUUCUAGAAGGUUUUUUCAGUGGCCACUUUAGUUUCCUCUCGAAGUAAUCCUUGAAAAACCUCUUAAGUGGACACUUAUCGCCACCUAAUCCAAACACUGUAUUUAAAAAAAAACUACUAAUUUCUUAACGUUUUAGAAAAAAAAUCUGACCUGUCUGCGCUCUCUGAAUCUCUCGCUUAGAGACAAGAGGGCGCGGACAAGCUAUACUGUUAAAAAAGGCUGAAUGAUCUGAAUUUUACCGAGUUUUUUUCAGUUAUAUGCUUUGCUGUUGCCAUAUUCCUAACCUACCAAAUGUCCCGUCAGCAUUUCGAGGUUACUUUUCAAUAAAAAAAACCGAUAGAAAACUAUUUUCAGUACAAAACAGCGAAAAAGGGGCAGUCAACGGAAGAAAAACAAGAAAAAUCGCAAUCUGACAAGGAAAAGAACAAGAAGAAGGACAAUGAGAGGAAUAAACGGCAAACGUCAACCAAAGCGAUGUCGCAGGGUUCGAAAAUAUUGAAGGUUAAGGUGAGUAACUGAAAAUCAUUAAUAUACCAAGAAUUUUAAGAUUUUCUUUAAGAGGAUUUUAUUCUAGUUUUUCAGCUCAAAAAAGUUGCUCAUUUUGAAUUCGAGAAACCCUUAAAAUAUGGCUAGUAUAUCGUAUACCAAAAAAAUUUAAAGAAAAAACAAAAAAAACAAUUAAAAGUGUCUUUAAAAUAACUUCGAAAGCGUUGUGACGCGCAAAAUUGCUCCUUCCGCAUACACCCCCUCGUAGAACUGCAUACGCUCUUAACUUUUAUUAUUUUUCAUACAGAAAAGGGACCCCGCAAGUGGGCGAACCUCGGCGGUCCUUAAGUAUACGUCUUUAUGUAUCCUUAAAGUCUCAACCUACAAAACUACCCAGUUUUCCGAAAAAAGGGGCUCUAAAACAAAAAUUGGCUCAAUUUUUGGGCUAACACCUUUUUUUUUCUUGAUCAAUAAGGAAGUAGGGAGGUUGAGACUUUCAGGAUUUUUUUUAGCAUUUCGUUGGUGGAAGAAAAGGUAAAACCAAAAACACGGUGCGCGGAGCCAGGAUAUCUCACGUGACGUCAUGGGAACGACAGAGAUUUCGGUUCUAGGAGCGUUAAUAACAGGGCAUAUUAAAGGCGCAGGUCGCCGUAUUGCCAGAGAACUUUGAAACGAAUCGAAAUUUCUCAUGCGCGAAAGCGGCGAAGUGCAUGCACACGACACACGACACUUUACGGAGAAAAAGUGGGCGUGGCGUCGUCGAAAAAACGGCGUGCAAUGAAGAUCCUGGUCAUUUUUUAAAAUUUCUAAAAAUAAAAACAUCCUUGCUUGUCGGUAGGAUCUCCACAUUAGCCAAAAAAAACCUUGACUCCAAAAAAUAAGUUGUAUUUCCAGAAAGAAGGCGUGUCCGAUUCCCAAUCUCCCAUUGAUACACUCCCCUCUCACAUGCUACCGACGGCUUGUUCGAGCUCGGAGAAAGGGUCCAAAGUCUGGCUUCCAGUGCCGCCAGAAGGAAAUUCUCCGAAGGAGCACUCGAAGAAAAUAUCAAAGCCGCCGUCGCCAAACCACUCCGGAAAAGACCCAUGUGGUUCUUCUAAAGACAAGGUGCCAACAAACGUGGAAAAAGACGACUCGGACGUCAAAAAAUUUCUGAAAACCAAGGUGCUAUCAAAUCCGGAAAACGUGGAAAAAGACGACUCUGACGUCAAGAAGCAUUUGAAGAACAAGGUGCUCCCAAAUCCCGAAAAUGAGGAAAAAGAUGACUCGGACGUCAGAAAACCUUUAAAAAACAAGCCGUUUGAUCAAGAAAAUCCGGGAAAAGACACCGGUGAUGUCUCACAAUCUUUGAAAAACAAAAACCCGUUUUCCGAUGGCGCCAAUCUUCUCAAGGCAUCUAAGGAAUAUUUUUGAGGUGAGCUUUGAAUGAUAAUUAGUUAGCUUGAAUUAGUUUUUCUGAUUUUCCUGACUUACCUGCUCCCUCUUUUCUCUAAGCACUAAUGAGAAAGCAGAAGGAUUAGCAAUCUCGUGCAGAUUUCCUCUUUUCGUCUGACUUGUCUGUGCCCUCUUUUCCCUGAGCGACAUUUGAAGAGAGAGCAGACCGGCCAGAAAUCUCGUGCAGUUUUCCUCAUUUUAUCUAUCUCGCCUGUGCUCUCUUUUCUCUAACCGAUUGCUGAAGAGAGGGCAGAGUGGCUAGCAUUCUCGUGCAGUUUCUCUGACUUGUCUGUGCCCUCUUCUCCCUAAGCGACAUCUCAAGAGAGGUCAUACCGGACAGAAAUCUCGUGCAGCUUGUCUGACUCUCCUGCGCCCUCUUUUCUCUAAUCGAUCGUGUAAAGAGGACAGAUUGUCCAGCACUCUCGUGCAGAUUCCCUCAUUUUUUCUGACUUGUCUGUACUCUCUUCUCUCUAACCGAUCACUGAAGAGAGAGAGAGAGCAGACCGGUCAGCAUUCUCGAGCAGUUUUCCUCAUUUUGUCUGAUUCGUCGGAGUUCUCUUUUCUCUAAAAAGUCGCUGAAGAGAGGUCAGAUCGGCCAGAGAUCUCGUGCAGUUUGUCUGACUUGUCUGUGCCCUCUUUUCUCCAACCGAUCGCUGAAGAGAGGGCAGACCGGUCAGAAAUCUUGUGCAGUUUCUCUGGCUUGUCUGCGCCCUCUUUUCUCUGACCGAUCGCUGUAGAGAGGGCAGACAGGCCAUUAAUCUCGUGCAGUUUUCUGACUUAUCUGUGCCCUCUUCUCUCUAAGUCGUUGUUAAAAAGAGGGCAGAGGGGCCAGCAUUCGUGCUGUUUUCUUCCUUUUGUCUGACUUUUCUGUGCUCUCUUCUCUCUAACCGAUUGCUGAAGAGAGGGCAGAAUGGCCAGCAUUCUCGAGAAGUUUGUCUUGCUUGCCUGCGGCCUCUUUUCUCUAAUCGUUCACUGAGGAGGGGGCAGACAGGCCAGCAUUCUCGUGCAGUUUUCCUCUUUUUGUCUGACUUGUCUGUACUCUCUUUUCUCUAAUCGAUCCCUGAAGAGAAAGAGCAGACUGGCCAGCAUUCUCGUGCAGUUUAUCUGACUUGUCUGCGCCCUCUUCUCUCUAACCUAUGGUGUAAAGAGAGCAGACCGGUCAGCAUUCUUGUGCAGCUUUCCUCUUUUUGUCUGACUUGUCUGUACUCUCUUCUCUCUAACCGAUCACUGAAGAGAGAGAGAGAGCAGACCGGUCAGCAUUCUCGAGCAGUUUUCCUCAUUUUGUCUGAUUCGUCGGAGUUCUCUUUUCUCUAA